AAAAUAAUUCAGUAUCGGAGUAAUUCAAAACAAUGGAUAAACCCUUAAUAGGUCAGUUUGUACGGCCGGUAAAAAGGUACAUUGCAAAACGUGGACACUUUAUACUAUUAUAUACAUAAAACAUAUAUAUUGUAAAUAUAUACUUAGGAACGAUAGUAUGAUACUAAUAGUAAUGACAGGGAAGCAUCGAGAACUAUAGAAAAUCAAUCAAAUGAUUGAAGACGUAAAGAAGAAGUUAUAAACCUAAGUACCUAGAAGUGGCCAAAUCAAUUACCUAACGAUGACAAGUGGAGAUGAUGGAAUAAUAAAAGGCGGCCCGACGACUUCUUCGUGGACAUGCAAGAUCCAUCCCUUGUUCAACGCCGUCACUUCGGCCGCGUGCGUGGUGAUGGCGUGGGGCUUGAUGUAUUUCUUCUUCGGCAUGACCCCUGGCUCUGACUUGGCCUCGGUCGUGUUGCUCAUCUCAUGCUCGUGGGCGUGCGGCAAGAUCGCAGACAUGCUGUACCUACCGCCACUGCUCGGCAUGCUGCUUGCCGGAUUGGUUCUCCGCAAUUCCGGUCACUACGAUGUGGAUCAAAACGUCUUCCAGCCGCACAUCAUCAAUUUGAGGGAAGUGGCGCUUACUGUUUUGCUGGUGGCGUCCGGUCUCAGCCUUGACCCAGCCAUGUUGAAAAAGCUCAGUCUCGUCGUCACUCAACUGGCCAUACUGCCGUGCAUAACCGAAACGAUUGCCGCAGCCGUGGUUACGCACUACCUACUUGGACUGCCGUGGGUCUGGGGUCUAUUACUCGGGUCCAUUUUGAGUCCGGUCAGUUCGGCGGUAAUCCUUCCAGCACUGUUGGACUUCAAACAAAAAGGUCUAGGCGAGGACAAAGGAAUCAUAACACUGGUGAUGGCCGCAUGCAGUUUCGACGACAUAUUUUGCAUUUCCGCAUUCGGAGUGUUUCUCAGUAUCAUAUUUUCUGAGGGUAGUUGGCAGACGAAUGCCAUGCGAGGACCGAUCGAAGUAGCUAUCGGAGUCUGUGUAGGCAUCGUUUGGGGUAUAAUCACAGGUUUCAUCCCGCACAAAUGCGAAUCAAGUCUGACCCUGAAACGGACGUACAUAAUAACGGCCGGAGGAGUAUUGCUCACGUUCGGGUCAAAAAUGAUCGACUUACCGGGUGCCGGUCCUCUGGCGAUCAUGACGGCGGCGUUUGUCUCGGCAAUCUGCUGGAAAAAAAACGAUUGUUUUAGCGAUAACGUGGAAAUGGCGACGAACAACGUGUGGGACUUUUUGGAGCCUUUGCUGUUCGCCUCGAUCGGCACGGAAAUCGACUUGAGCAGCAUAAGACCGACGUUAAUCACGUCGGCGUCCGUCCUGUUGAUCAUCACGUCAUUGGUAAGAGUGGCCACUUGUUUCUUCGUCCUAAAGGAUACCAAUUUCAAUUUACGCGAGAAAAUAUUUGUUAAUAUUGCGUGGUUACCAAAAGCAACAGUUCAAGCAGCGAUUGGGCCAAUCGCAUUGGAUAUGGCACGCAGUCGUGAUGAACGCUUAAUACCAUAUGCAUCUGAUGUAUUGGCUAUCAGUGUGUUAGCAAUAUUGAUUACUGCACCGAUAGGAGCGAUUGCCAUGACACUAAGAGGAGAAUACUUGUUGAAGAAAUAUUGAUUAAUUAUUAUUUAUACCGAACAGAGAAUCUUGUUCAAACAAUGAAAUUAAUAAUUGAUCAAUAUUAAUUUGUUCUAUUAUUAAUGCUAGUCAAAUUUUCAUCGUUGAUACUUAAAUACAUAAAACUAGUUUCUUGGUUUUUUUAUUUUUUUAA